AUGCCUCUGCCCCUCUCACAUGCUCCUGCCCCGGGACUAUUCUGGACCGGAGGGGCAGCCGGAUUCCACUUUGCAUUUUGUCACAUUGGGCCGCAGUGGGGGCUGGACCAGGACCCGGAGCAGCACACGGCAGCGUUACCACUUGCCACUGUUGCCCAACAUUCCCGCACCUCCCUCUCUGUGCACCUCCCUCUCUGUGCGCCUCCCUCUCUGUCCGCCUCCAUCUCUGUCAGCACCUCCCUCUCUGUGCACCUCCCUCUCUGUGCACCUCUCUCUCUGUGCACCUCCCUCUCUGUGCACCUCCCUCUCUGUGCAGCUCCCUCUCUGUGCACCUCUCUCUCUGUGCGCCUCCCUCUCUGUCAGCACCUCCCUCUCUGUGCACCUCCCUCUCUGUGCGCCUCCCUCUCUGUCAGCACCUCCCUCUCUGUGCACCUCCCUCUCUGUGCGCCUCCCUCUCUGUCAGCACCUCCCUCUCUGUGCACCUCCCUCUCUGUGCGCCUCCCUCUCGUCAGCACCUCCCUCUCUGUGCGCCUCCCUCUCUGUCAGCACCUCCCUCUCUGUGCACCUCCCUCUCUGUGCGCCUCCUCUCUGUCAGCACCUCCCUCUCUGUGCACCUCCCACUCUGUGCACCUCCCUCUCUGUGCGCCUCCCUCUCUGUCAGCACCUCCCUCUCUGUGCACCUCCCUCUCUGUGCGCCUCCCUCUCUGUCAGCACCUCCCUCUCUGUGCGCCUCCCUCUCUGUCAGCACCUCCCUCUCUGUGCACCUCCCUCUCUGUGCGCCUCCCUCUCUGUCAGCACCUCCCUCUCUGUGCACCUCCCUCUCUGUGCACCUCCCUCUCUGUCAGCACCUCCCUCUCUGUGCACCUCCCUCUCUGUCAGCACCUCCCUCUCUGUCAGCACCUCCCUCUCUGUGCACCUCCCUCUCUGUGCGCCUCCCUCUCUGUCAGCACCUCCCUAUCUGUGCACCUCCCUCUCUGUCAGCACCUCCCUCUCUGUGCACCUCCCUCUCUGUCAGCACCUCCCUCUCUGUGCACCUCCCUCUCUGUCAGCACCUCUCUCUCUGUCAGCACCUCCCUCUCUGUGCGCCUCCCUCUCUGUGCGCCUCCCUCUCUGUGCGCCUCCCUCUCUGUGCACCUCCCUCUCUGUCAAAGGAAGUAG